UCCUCCUCUCUCUCUCUCUCUCAAUUUUCUCCUCUCACAGGCUGACCGGUGGGUCGGGACGAGGUCGACGGGGCAAGCAGGGAGAGGGGAAGGUGCGGCGGCUGGCGACAGGCGACGCGGGAGCAGGCCGCCGCACCGGGUGGGGAGGAGGCUGGCGGAGUAGAGGCCGCAGGCGUGGAGCCGUGGAGUAGGGCGUCAGUGGCCGGUGACGGCGGAGGAGCGGCGACGGCAUGGAUAGUACCGACGGGAGGGGCCCCGAGCAGUCGGACGGGGCGGCCGUGCCGCUGCGGCGGUUUCUGAUGAGCACCGGGCUUGACGCAGAUAUGAGAAGGGGGAGGGAGGGCGACGCGGCGUCCGUGGCGGUCGUCGAGGAGGGCGUCGGGGGAGGAGGCGGCGGGAGGAAGGUGUGCAACGGCGGCGGCGACGGCCGCCGCGACGCCAAUGCGUACUACCGGCGGAUGAUCCAAGCCGACCCGGCGAACCCGCUGCUGCUCGGCAACUACGCGAGGUUCCUCAAGGAGGUGGAGGGAGACGCGGCGAGGGCGCAGGAGUACUGGGAGCGCGCCAUCGUCGCCAACCCCGGCGACGGCGACGCCCUCGCGCUCUACGCGGGCCUCGUCUGGGAGACCACCCGACCGCGCCGACGCCUACUUCACCUGAGGAAGGGGCCCCGCCACCGCUCGCCCGCCGCCGCCAAGCCAACUGCUAGACGUUGCCGCAUACAAGCACGCCGCCGCCGGCGGCCGCGCCGUCACGUAUGCGCUGGUGAUAGAGAUGCAGCUGGUCAUGGGCUUCUUCGCCACCGCGUUCUGCACUGUCGGCGUGGUCAUGGACUCGCCGGCAUGCCGUAGGACCCGAAGCCGUCGCCGCCGCACCCAAGCCUCCCCGCGGGCCGGCGAUGGGCGACGCGGCGGCGGCGACGCUGGAGAAGGGAGGAGGCCGGCGAGUCGGGAGGAGGUCGGCGGGGCGAGGAGGGAGAGGAGAAGAUUCGGCGGCUGGCUCGCCCGCCGCCGCCCGCCC